GAGCUAACAGUGGGCUAACAUGAAGUGAGUCCCAGCAGCUCAAGUGUGUGUCUUCAGUCUCAGAGCUUGCAGGAAGUGCAGCUCGGGUGCCUCUCCACUCGUCUCAUCAAUGCAGCUUUCAUUCUCCCGUGGUGGGGCAAGAUGGAAGCUGUACAAAAGGACCACUGGUACUUUGUGGUACUCAUCUUUCUCCCUUUUCUCCGAGUUGCUGUCCAGCAGAAAGAGGCCGUCACAGUCCGGCUGGAGGAAGGGAUGAUCCUCAACUGUCUGUGCCCCUGGAAAGGCAACCUCAGCAUGGUGUCCUGGACCAAAAUACCCGAAAAGUAUCCAAUAGCCGUGUUCCACCCAGAGCACGGCUCGGCCUUCUCUCUCCACCACAGGGAGAGGAUAGAGUUCCUGAGAAAGACGCCGAUGGACGGAAGCAUUUCCAUGAGGAACGUCACUCAUCAGGACAUCGGGAUUUACCACUGCUCAGUUCAGACGUUCCCUCGAGGACCCUGGACCACGAGUGCUCAGGUUGAGGAUUUAGAUGAGCCACCUGAAGAAGGAGAAGAUGAUGAUGAUGAUGAAGAAGAUACCGUCGAGCCUCCAACCACAGAGGUUAAUGUGGUAGAUGUAGAGUUGGUGGCGGAGCAGGACAGCAACAUGACUAUCGGCUGCAACCAUAAGCAUGACGGCACCGUUUACCAGGCCCUGCUGGAGAGGAUGCCACACGGCCAUCUCUGGGGCAUCAUCGGCGUGUGCAAGCAGGUGGAGGGGGGCCUGGUGAGGGAGGACUACAGUGACAGGGGGCAGGUCAGCUGUGCCGACAGCCUGGAUGUCAAUCUGCAUCUGACAGGUGUUGUGCCGGAUGAUGGGGGUUUCUACCGCUGCACUUUCAACACAGAUGCAGGGGUGCGGACCACCACUGUGCAGCUCACGGUUGUCACUCCAGGUGGAUUCAGCCUGUCUCUGUACAUGAUGUAUAUUUACAUCGGGGCUGGAGGUGCAGGGCUUCUUCUAGUCAUAGUCGUCCUCAUACUAGCGUUAAGGCAAAGGAAGAAGAGCAGGAGAGAGGAGUACCGAGUCAAACUUCACCCGUCUCAGAGACAGAAAUGGAGGCAGUGGCAGUAAUGGAUAUGCGGACUAUUCCGCUAGGAAACCAGACAAAUGUGGACAAGUUAGACAUGUCAACAUAAAGGGACAAUGUAGUUUUGGAAUCACAUUUUUCUUUUCUUGCUGUUCCUGAUUUAAAAAGUAUCAAUUUGAGUGCGUUACUUGUGAAACAUCGAGUUCGUGACCAGCUUUACAUCAAACCGAUGUGUGUUACUGUUAAUGAUUCCCUGUGGUAAAAAUAAAAGGUGUCAUAACCACAACUCGCUUACUUCCUGUCAUGUGGGAUUGUGUCAAAAGAGAAACCGAACCUUAUGAAAUAUAAACCUACUUCUGAAGAAUUUUAAAAAUAAAAACCAGUCAAAUGGAAUUUCCCACAUUGAAAUAACCCCUUAAAUUCUUUAUAAAAACUGAGGUGUAAAAAAUAUCAUUUGUGAUUUUUAUGGGGAGGUUUCUGCCAGAGUUUAUUUUCCUGUCAACAUUGCUCAUAUCACAGGGUUUCUGUGUAUAAAGUUUAAAAUAGUAUCAACUGUUUGUUUAAAAUCAAGUGAAGGAAUUAUUUUUGUCAUUAUGUUCUCGGCCCAUCCUUAUGAUUCAAAAAUGUAUGAAUGAUUGUGUUGUCUAUACCCUUCAUUAUUUGUAUUCUUGUUGUAUAGGGUGUAUCUUAUUAUUAAAUGCUUCUUUUUUUGUUUACUCUGGGGAGCUCUGAAAGUU